ACCACUCUUCAAAUUUUCAAAACCUACUUUCCUCUUUUAUAUCUCAUUCAUCUCAGUAUCUGUAAUGAUUUUCUUUCUCACUCGCGUUAUGCUGUUCCUGUAACAAUUCCGCUGAAAGUUAGCUUAUUUAUUAAUUUAAUUUCAUUGUUUGCAGCUAAAUCUUAAAAAGCCAUAGGAUUUAUUUCAUUUUGGAGAUUGAGAUGAGUGAAGUUUUACAAAUUACCAGCCCCUCUGUUUCGAAAGCACAAAAGAGAGAAUAUGAUAACAUAAAUGAACUACCAGAUGAAGUGUUGAUUUCGAUUCUGGCUCGUAUGCCAAUGAAAGAAGCAGCGAGAACUAGUGUCCUUUCACGCCGAUGGAAAAAGCUUUGGACUUCCCAUCCAUAUCUGGUCUUUGACGGUUCAAACUCAUUGCGUGGCAUUCAUUACAGGUCGGAGCAAGUUUUAGAAUCAGAACAGUUUAAGUACUUAAAUUGGGUGAACGAUGUCUUAGAAUCCCAUCAUGAUGCAGCCAUUGAUGAAUUCAAAAUUCGCUUUUAUCUCGAUCAAUGUUAUCAAAGUGACAUUGAUGACUGGGUCAGGUUUGCAUUUGGAAAGAAAGUUCAAAGAUUCGAACUGGAUUUGUCCAGUUCUCGAGUCAUCUCUCAUGUUCAAGAUUCUGGUUACGAGUUAUGUUCACACACUCUUCAUUUUCAAACUCCUCUUUCACUCACAUCCCUUGUACUAAAACAAGUACGUGUGAGUGGGGAAGUUCUCGAAAACCUUCUAUCCAAUAGCCCUUUUCUCGAACGCCUAUGCAUUGGAGCUUCGACCUCUCUUGUCCAUCUGAGAUUGGCUGGUCCAUCACUUUGCUUGACAUACUUGGAGAUAACUGCCUGUGCAAGAAUGAAAAGUCUAGAACUUGAUGCCCCCAAUCUAUUAUCACUGAAAUAUUCUGGACAAAAUAUAGAAAUUCGCUUCAUCGAGGUUCCAAACCUUGCUGAAGUAUUUAUCGGAGGCAUGUUUGUGGAAACCUGUACUCGUAACUAUUUUUUGCCUCUGGUUCCAACAUUUGCCUCUCAACUCCAGAAGCUUGUACUAGAGAUGAGAGUUGAUGAGAGGAAAAUGAAGUUGUUUGAAUACCCCAUAUUGAGUCAACUCAAGGAAUUGGAGCUGCAGGUUAGAGCACGUGAUCAUGAUAGCCUUCUUUGUCUCACUUCGUUGAUAAAUGCCUCUCCUUCCUUGAACCAACUUUCAUUGGAGCUGAGUUGGUCAAAAUCGUAUACGAGGAGGAGAGUGAUGAAAGUGAAGAGGCAUCAUUAUAACCUGAAGGAGGUGGAAAUUAGGGGGUUUGUAGGGGGAAUGGUUGAUUCAGAAUUUUGCAUCUACUUGGUGAAGAAUGCAAUAAUGCUGGAGAAGAUGAGUAUAGAUCCUUUUACUAAAAAUGAGAAAGGAGGGGGAAACUGCUUCAAGGCAGAGAGAGCGAGAGCAGCUAGAGUGCGUGCUGAGGAUCUCAGGUCCAAAUAUGGUGUUGAAGAUAAGUUGGUAAUUCUAUGAUGUUGAUAAUUAGGGUUGGAUGCCAAACUUUUGUUUGAAAAAUAGUUGCAUGAAUUAGUUAACGCCAACUAGCCUUGGUAGUAGGAUUAGGGCUAGUUUAACAUUGUUUUUGGAAAGUACUUUUUAAAAAGUGUAGUGGAAAAGUGUUUUUGAGGAGUACUUUUGAAAAGUUUGGUUUAAGAUUUGAAUGUUUAGCAUUGCUAUCAAAAAACUAUUUUUGAAAAAUAAAAUGUUCAUUUUAGA